AUGAGAUCGCACGGCCGGGGCAGUAUGGCUCAGGCACAGACUACGCAGGGAAUACAACAUACACCCUGGCGGAUGUCUGAAGUCGAGGCCAUACAAACGAACACCAGUAUAUUCAACAAUGGGGGCAGCGUGAAAUGUUCCGCCGCCGCCCAGCCAUUCGCUGAAGGUGUACUAGCGUCGAUCGCAGGACCUAGUACUUCGCGGAUACCGCCAGUACCAGCCUCAACUCAGGCGAGUGCGAAGGCUCAGAUACUCGGUAAGGCCGUGGCGACGAAGAGGACAAUGCCGCCUGGGGAUGGACCAUGGAUCUGCCAUGUGGAAGGCCAAGAAUAUGCCCGUUACUGGGAGAUGUUGCGACAUAAGGAGACGACAAAGGGCCAUGAUGAGUACAAAGGUCCUUGCAUCUGCGUGUGCGGAGCAGAGUUCACUCGCCCAGAUGCCAUGAGCAGGCAUUAUAAGCGAAGCUGCCCCCUCCGUUGUAGGCCGUCGUCUCAUCGCAGGUGA